AUUUAUUGAAGGUAUCACAACACGUGUCUGUCGUACACGUGUUUACCUAGUGUUGUUUAAAAUAGAUAAUCGAUCGGAUUGGUUAAUGUAUUUUUAGAAUACCUGUUCUACAGGUAUUCUAUUAAAGCACGCACGCUUUACCGUGAGUUCAAGUUUAACGCCAUUCGAAGGCUCUCUCUCAAACUGUGCAGUCUGACAUUCAAGAUAAGUUUUUCUCCAUGGAUAAUGAGGAAGAUAUUCUCAUGACUGACGAGACAACGGGAGGGAUUCCUAAGCUACCAGAUAACGCACAGUCCACGUCUACUUCAUUCGCUUUGACAGACGCAGUCAAAUUAUUGUCUACAGCUAUAUCCACCCAAUUUCAACAAUUAUCUGAAAAGCUGCAGGAAGACAGUAAAUCUUCAGCUCAGGAACUUUCUAAGAAGCUCAAGGACAACAUAGCUGGGAAGUUAAAAUACGAAGGAAACAAGGUUCAGUAUUUGUUUAAUGAAGAAUUGUUAGAGGAACUUGAUAAACUCAAAGAUUUAUCUACUCAUAAUGACAAAGUUGUUAAACGAAUCAAUGAAAAACUUAAAACCAGGCAAAAGUAUAUCAGAAUUGCAGACGGUUCCCCAGCUGGGUGGAAGACAGUACAAGAGUACCAAUGUAAUGAUAUUGCCGACGACUCGGAUGACGAGAAAAAGAUUAGGAGCGCGGAGAACAGAGCCCUCAGAAACAAUAGACGGAUUAAAAAGCCUCGUUUCCAACCUUAUGGCAAGCCCGUCCCUUCUGCUGCUGCUGGUUCUGCUGCUCAGCUUUCCGCACUCGCAUUGCAACAGGCAAACACAGUACAACAAGCCGGCACCAGCAAAUUUAUUCAGCAGCCCUUUCGCUUCAGUAGCAGACGGACACCACAGCCCAGCGACGUCUGCUACAAGUGUUUCCAGACUGGGCAUUGGAAAACAGGAUGUCCCCUCAACAGUCUAUACACCAGCAGCGCAGGCUCCAAUAUUAAGUCAAAUUGAUGAU